GGGUACAGGACAUGUACGAGAGAAGGCACAGUUGGGCCACAGCACACAUACGGGGAAAGUUCUUUACCGGAUUUCGAACAACGUCAAGGUGCGAGGGCUUGCAUGCUGUGAUAUCACGGUAUGUUAAGUCUCGAUACAGCUACACUGAGUUUUUACGUCAUUUCCAUCGAUGCUUGAUGUUCGUGCGUGCAAAGGAGGUGGAGGCUGAUUUCGAGUGUGCAAAGGGCGACCCUGUUAUGACCACCAACCUGAAACAGCUGGAGCGGAGUGCAGCCGAGAACUACACUCGUGCAAUAUUCUAUUUGUUUGUUCCCAUUCUUGACAGGGCCUGUGCAAUGAGGGUGGUUGACUCUGAAGACAACGGUUCCUAUUUUAUCCACACCGUCUCUCGAUACGGCACUCCGGGGAAGGAUUGGCGUGUUGUUGCAACAUCUGAUACGAGGGAGGUCCGAUGCACGUGCAUGAGAAUGGAAUGUUUCGGGGUCCUCUGCGAACAUAUAAUUGCGGUGCUUGUUCUUAACAAUGUUCAUGAGAUCCCGAGGUCCCUGAUAUUGCCGAGAUGGACCAAGGAUGCAAAACUUGUGGCGGUGCAGUCGAUGGGCGUGAUUUGGGAUUCUGUACAACUGACGCAACACUGGUGCCUGAUGGAUUGGUACCAAAAAGUGUGCAAGAUUGCAUGUCACAGCACUGAAAAGUUCCAGUUUGCAAGAGACACUGCCAUGCUGAUGCUGAAGCACUUUGAGAACGAAGAUGCAGGGGACACCAGUUUUCCACCCGAGGGGCCACCUACUGAAGGUGGAAGGGGCCCGGCGCAGAAUCCACCCAGGCGCAAUACAAAGGGUAACGGUGCUCAUGGUGGAAAGAAAACCCAACGAUGUCGUUUCUGCCGGGAGGUGGGACACAACAGGACGACGUGUCCGGAACGCCGCACAAUGGAGUCAUCCAGCGCAGUUGCAGAUGACAUGGAUUCGAUGGACACUGACAUGCUCUAUGAUAACCUAUCCGGCGAUCUGUAUGCGACCGCCGAGAUUCAUUCGUUCCAAUGCUUCGAUAGUGACACGCAGGCUGGGUUUGCUAACAGCGACUUCGCUGGGACCAACACGUCCGGGCCUGUCAUGUCUCUCGCCGAUUGAGCAAAGGGGGCCUACAGUCAUCACGACUGUGUGUUGCAACGGUAGGUUGGUCGAAUCCUUUCACAUUCUCCGGUAGGCUGUAGCCGUACACAGAAUAUUGUCUGCAUUUCAUCUGGGUACAGAACCG